AUGGCGGACUUACAAUCGGUGCUCGAGCCGUACCUCGAACUUCUGCGGCCUUACACCUCCCUGAUGCCGGUAUGGCUAGAAAACGCCCUUAUUCAGAUAUACGGGCCCGAGAUCUACUACUCCAUAAUCUACAAUUUGCGGCCGUUCGAUCGCCGCAACCAGUUGUACCUGCAACUGUUCACUCAGAAAACUGUAGAGCUGCUGUUGCGCUCGGGAAUCUUGCUCCCGCAGCUCCUGAACCUUGCAAGGCACAGAAAGCCAGCCAGCUCCACAGCGAUCUUGAGCUACAUAAUCACGUUGGUCACGAACAUAGUGCAGAUUAUCUACGGGGUACGGUGCCAGAACGGAUUCAAAGUUGUCGAGUACGCCAUUCAGGCUGCACAAGCUGCGCUGGUGGUGUUUUUGAUGCUCAGCUUCGCGAACAAGCCGCGAUGGGGCCAGUCUCUGGUUAUGGCUCUGGGGUGGCUCUUUUACUGGUGCAGAGGUGUGUCGGUCGAAUAUCUGCAGAAAGCACUCUCUCUGCUUAACGCAGCUGGACUCGUGAAUUACCUGUUUCUGUUGACAAACAAGCGACGCGAGAACCUUUCCAGUCUGGGGUCGCUGGGCGGGAGCUUAUUGCAGAACGUCGCCGCAAACGCGUACUUGCUGCUGGGAAUGCUCUUUAUUACCGUUGGCCUGGUAAAACGCGCUCGGUCGCGUCGUUGA